AUGACUGGAGCCUCCGUAUCAGUGUGCCUUCUCUUCCUCCUAUCCGUCUGUACUGCCUGUUACAUCUCUAACUGUCCUAUCGGGGGGAAGAGGUCCAUCAUGGAUGCACCUCAGCGCAAGGUGAGCUGCUUUUUAACCAUUCAGCCUUUAACCACUCAGUCGUUGGUUAUGAAAUUAGAUUGAGGAAAUUUACAAAUGUAAGUAACUUCUCAAGGAAGCUGUUCAUGUAUCUUAGCUUUUGAAAACAGGGGCAAAGAUUAAAGCAAGGCUUAAACAAACGAACAAAGAGGACUUUUAAUAAGAGAGACAGUUAAGAAAGAGACACAAAGGAAUAAAAAAACUCUACAUAUACAAUCCUCCAGGAAUAUCAGUGAUAUUAAUGAAUCUUUUCCUCCGCCAGUGUAUGUCCUGUGGCCCUGGAGACAGAGGCCGCUGCUUCGGUCCCGGUAUCUGCUGUGGAGAAAGCCUGGGCUGCUUGCUGGGCUCCCCAGAAGCUGCUCACUGUGUGGAGGAGAACUACCUGCUCACCCCCUGCCUGGCAGGAGGGAGACCCUGUGGAUCUGAGGGAGGAAGCUGCGCUGCCCCAGGGCUCUGCUGUGAUGCAGGUUAGAAAUUAAGCAGUGCUGCUGGAAGAAGAAAUACCACUCUGUUAAAUUACACUAUUUAAGGGUACAGUGAGUAAAAUCAUAACUCAGUUGAAAUGAAUUAGAACAGUAGCAUGUUAAAAUGAAUAUAUAAUCACCUUCCUUGCACCAUCAUGUUUUUACAGUUGCACAGAAUGGACAAACUAUGCAUCAUGCAUGUUUUUGUAUUAGUAUGUGGCUGCAGAAGAUACACCAGGCUGUUGUCAACUAAGAAAUUUGGAUCAACAGAUGCUUUUAAUCGUAAAAAAAAAAAAUAAUGAUCAUACGUUACUUGUCUCAUGUUACAGGAGCUUCAUCAUUAUUGCUUGACCUACUGCCGGGGUAGAUAAGAGAGCAGUUCAUUGUAGAAUCUGACCUCUAGAUAUCGUUGAAUAUUUCCAUGACAGAAAAAAAUAACUUCUAAAUCUUUAUUUUAGUUAGGGUACAAAAGAUUCAUGAGCAGAGCUGUAAGGCUGACCACAGUGCAGCUGGUUGUUACUGCUAUGGACUGAUCAAAUUUAUUGUAAUUUGAUCAUGAUUUACAUUGUUUUCUUGUUGAAUAAGUAAAAGUAUGAUUAUGCUCUCAGAUAUAACACUGAGUAGGGAUAAUGGAAGCAUCAACUGUUAACCUUUUUCAAAACUUAACUUUCCAUGACUGCAUUUAAGAUUCUAAGUUUUACUGCGAUUGCCUCGUACCUUUUGCAAUAUCUUAUAUGCAAGUACUGGUGUUCAUCCACGCUCCUAAGUUUGCAAACUAUGAUUUCACUCACGCUUUAAUUCCUGACAGUAUGAGCAGUGUUUCCUAUGAUCUGAAGAGCAACACUUAACUUUGGAUUUGAGCUCUGCAGCAUUAGUCGACGUGACCUCUAUUCUGGUCAUUUCCUGUUCACUCCCCCUCUACAAUCAACCUGAUAACAAACAAUCACGGUCUCUGUUGAUAACAAAAAAUCAUGGUUUUUAUCACAACUCUCUAUUUAUGUGUAUUUUCUCGCUGGCACAGAAAGCUGCACCUCAGACCAAUCCUGCCUCAUGGACAAGGAGGGAGAAGACCAAACCAGCCAAUUCGAAGGCAGCGACCCGGCCGAUAUCAUCCUCAGGCUGCUUCGUCUGGCCGGUCACACCUCUUCUCAUCGAGUCCACCAAUGA